AUGAAAGACGAUCAAAGAAUCGAGGACGUUUAUGUCCAUAUUAUGGAGGAUUUAAAGUCCUUCAUUGAUAAGGAAGAUCUUCCCGAAUCCUUCGUUAAACUUUUCAAUAAGUUUAUUGAUAGAAAAUUGGUAAAAAGCAUUUUUAUGCCUAUUAUCUAUGGUAAGACUCAAAUGAGUACGGCUGAAGAUAUCAAAAUGGCUUUGAAACCUUACUUUUAUCCUGCUUUCAAAGAAAGCUUUUUGUUGGCCUCCCCCUGCUUCAAGUUCUGGAGGGAAUAUUACACGGAAAUGGAGAAUUUGAUACGUUUGAUCCGCCUUGUAGGCUGGUUUGCUUCAACUUGUGAGAGCUCUGUUCACUACGUCACACCGUUCUUUUGCACCUCCCAGAAUUAUAUGGUUAAGGACUCCCAUAUCAUUUGGGUUUAUGACAAAGUGAAUAGGAAGAAACGUAAGGUGACUCUUAGACUCUCUUCCAGAGAUAAGCGAGACCGUAAGAAGACUGAAGUCUCUACUUUUGUCAACUUCAUCCAUCAAAAGGAUGCAUUAAUAGCCAUGGGAGUCAUUUCUAAAUUGUAUGAGGUAAAUGAACCUAUUUACACCGUACAUGAGAAUUUCAUUAGUAAUCCCUUAGUAAGCGUGCACUUACCGUACAUCUACCUGGAAGUAUUGAGAGAGCUGGGCCCACCCCUUCGAUUCAUUAAUUCUUUUAUCUAUGAAAAUCUAGUUAGACUUGCUAAAGAUCGUGGUGAUGAUAAAGAGAUUCUUGGCUUGGAAGAAAAACGGUUCACUGAGAUGGUUCUUACAGAAGACUUGAUAGACCAGUUAUUUGCUUGUAUUUUACCAGAAACCAUAAAAAUGGACAAGGAGAAGCUUAAAGUGUGGAGAGCCAACAUCAGUCGUUUUAAAACGUUCUACUUCGGGUAUACCCGCUUUGUAUGCUGUGAGGAUCCUAGCAGUGGCUCAAAGGAUAUGAAAUGGAAUGAUCAUGUGAUCAAAUGGGAGAAGUUUUCUAGCCGGCUCAACGGCCAGUAUUGUUUGCAUCAUUAA